GAUAUGUCACAUUUGUCAGUCACUUCCUUUUUCUAACCACAAGUUAAAGCUAAACUAGAGUUUCAGAGCACAGAAGAGCUGCACCAAUAUACCUCUUGCUCUGCCUUACCACUUACACCAGCAUAGAAAAGGUUGGAUUGAAUAAUAACACAAGAUGGCAGCACCCAGACAAGUCACUGAGGAAGAGAUGGAAGAGCUAAGGGAAGCCUUCAGCAAAGUUGAUGCUGAUGGAAAUGGUUUCAUAAGCCUCAAUGAACUGAAUGACUUGUUUAAAGCUGCUAAUUUGCCUCUCCCUGGCUACAGACUGCGAGAAAUUGUCCAGAGUUUUAUGGAAGUAGGUGAUCAAAACAAGGACGGGAAGAUUAGCUUUGAUGAAUUUAUCACGGUUUUUAAUGACCUUAAAAGUUCUGAUGUUGCCAAGACAUUUAGAAAGGCUAUAAACAAGAAAGAAGGCAUUUGUGCCAUUGGUGGUACCUCGGAACAGUCAAGUGCCGGCACUCAACAUUCUUACUCAGAGGAGGAAAAAUAUGCCUUUGUAAACUGGGUCAACAAGGCCUUGGAGAAAGACCAGGACUGCAAACAUGUUAUUCCCAUGAAUCCAGACACGGAUGAUUUGUUUAAAGCUGUUGGUGAUGGCAUUGUACUUUGCAAAAUGAUCAACCUUUCUGUAGCAGAGACCAUUGAUGAAAGAGCCAUCAACAAAAAGAAGUUAACACCUUUCACUAUCCAGGAAAAUCUGAAUUUAGCUCUGAAUUCAGCCUCUGCCAUUGGGUGCCAUGUAGUCAACAUUGGGGCUGAGGACCUGAAGGAAGGGAAGCCUCAUCUGGUGCUGGGACUCCUGUGGCAAAUCAUCAAGAUUGGAUUGUUUGCUGACAUUGAGCUCAGCAGGAAUGAAGCUUUAAUUGCCCUUCUGAGGGAUGGAGAGAGCUUGGAGGACCUAAUGAAGCUGUCCCCGGAAGAGCUGCUGCUGAGGUGGGCAAACUACCAUCUGGAGAUUGCUGGCUGUAACAAAAUCAACAACUUCAGCUCAGAUAUCAAGGACUCUAAAGCAUAUUACCAUUUGAUUAACCAAGUAGCUCCGAAGGGUGAUGAAGAAGGUAUUCCUGCUAUUGACAUCGACAUGACUGGGUUAAAGGAAAAAGAAGACGUGAAGCGUGCAGAAUGCAUGUUAGUGCAAGCAGACAGACUAGGUUGCCGCCAGUUUGUUACAGCCACGGAUGUUGUUCGUGGAAAUCCAAAGCUAAACUUGGCUUUUAUAGCUAACCUUUUCAACAAAUAUCCUGCCCUACAUAAACCAGAAAACCAAGACAUUGACUGGAGUUCUAUUGAAGGUGAAACAAGAGAAGAAAGGACAUUCCGCAACUGGAUGAACUCUUUGGGAGUUAAUCCACGAGUAAAUCACUUGUAUAGUGACCUGUCAGAUGCCCUUGUCAUAUUCCAGUUGUAUGAAAAGAUUAAGGUUCCAGUGGACUGGAACAGAGUAAACAAACCACCCUACCCUAAACUGGGAGGAAAUAUGAAAAAGCUUGAGAACUGCAAUUAUGCUGUUGAAUUGGGAAAGAACAAGGCAAAGUUUUCACUGGUUGGCAUUGCUGGGCAAGAUCUGAAUGAAGGAAAUCGUACCCUAACCUUGGCCUUACUCUGGCAGUUGAUGAGAAGGUAUACGCUGAAUAUUCUUGAAGAUAUUGGAGGAGGGCAGAAAGUUAAUGAUGAAACAAUUAUCUCUUGGGUGAAUGAAACACUGAAGGAAGCUGGAAAAGCCUCCUCCAUAUCCAGUUUUAAGGAUGGUAAAAUCAGCACAAGUAUGCCUGUUCUAGACCUAAUCGAUGCAAUUCAGCCUGGCUGCAUUAACUAUGAUCUUUUGAAAACAGAAGACCUGGAUGAGACAGAGAAACUCAACAACGCUAAAUACGCUAUUUCCAUGGCAAGGAAAGUUGGUGCAAGGGUUUACGCCCUUCCAGAUGAUCUGGUGGAAGUGAAACCAAAGAUGGUUAUGACAGUCUUUGCUUGCCUUAUGGGACGUGGACUUAAAGUUUAAAAAGCUGGAAAGUUGAGCCUCCUACAAACCCUUCAGUGCACUGAUAUUCACAUUCUAAAGAAUGUGUCUGGUUUCUAUUUGCUAUUCAAAAUUAAGACAUAGGGUUUUUUACUCUGGAACUGGUUGCCUAUUACACAGCAUCAGAUCAAGGUUAUCCUGCUGUUACCAACAAUGUUAUACUGUUUUGCAUAAAUGUUCUAUUCCACUGUUUACUGGUGUAAGAAUGUGGUAGCUAGAUGUUGCUUUGCUCUACCUAAAAGCUAUUUUUAAGUCGUUUUUCAUUUUGUUUUCCUUAAUUAGACAGAACUGUACGGGGGCAAAUUUUCUAAUGUGCCUCAAUAAAGACUUUCUGUAGUUAUAGAACAGCAUCUCUGAAAAUAUGCAUCUAUUGCAUGGUUAUUAUAAUGUAAAUAUAGGAGCUCCAGCUCUUACAUUUGAACUAUAAAUAACCUGAGAAUAUCUAUUAUGCGCACACAAUAAACCAAGCCUUCAGAUUUUACUGUCUUUUAAAGGGAAGCAAAUGAAUAUUUCUCAUAGCAAGUGAAAAGUACAGCAAGCAGUACAUUUUGUAUCAAAGGCUGAAUAUGAAACUGUUUGUGUUAUUAAAAAAUAAUGCAUAAUGUAGUUACAGGCUUGUGUGCCUUACAGUCUAUAGAAUAUUUCAUGGGCUCUGUUACUAUUGAAGCAAGACAUUCAGUUGCAUAUUCUUUCAGUUUCUUCUAAUCUGUAAAAAUAAAAAAAGACAUUUCUCAUCAA